AUGGCUGUGGGAGGACUCGGCUCUUUCACAAAUGCCUGCUCAAACAUCACGUUGGCAGCGGGAUCGCUUGGAGUCAGCGACUUGCUUGGUGCCUCAUGCCCAGCUGCCGGCGGCGCGAUGCAGUCGCAUGAGACCUCCAUCGACCUGAACCUGUGCAUCGGUCUUGAUCAGUCACUUGGCCAACUUGCCUGGUCCUACACCGGCAAGUACACCAACUACUGCGCCGACUGCUAUCUCACUGAGCCCGCCAACUUGACUUGCACAUGCAAGAUGACCGGGGCGUUUGCUCCCAUCACCAGUACUCUGAAUCUUGAUGAGGGUAUCACUACUCGUGAUGGAGAUCUCACCUGCCUCGGUGCGAUGUGA